AUGUCAGAUUUAUCUAUUUUAACAGCUCAUGCAGAACAGGCUGAAGCGGAAAUAUCUAGACUACAAGACCCACAAAAAGCAUUAGCAGCUGGAGUUAUCUCCCCUGAACUUGAGAAAUUGAGAUCAGAAAAUGCUAAACUGCGAUAUCAAAUCAAUCAUCUUAAAAGGAAUAUUGAUGGAGAGAAAACUAAAGGUAGACAGAACAUGGUUAGUUUGAUUGGUAUAAUAGAUGAUGUGUUUGGCCUAGCUAUACGUAAGACCUUCCCUGACCUAGAGAAUCCACCUGUAGCAAUCCAGAAAGGAAAACACACCAUGAAGAAUGACUACCAAUGUAAUGCUGCCAUGAAUAUAAGUCAAAUGUUGAAAAGUCAAGGACAAAACACAAAUCCAAAACAAAUUGCUGAGGCUAUAAUGCAAAAUAUGCCUGAAACACAGUACUUUGAAAAGCUUGAAGUGUGUGGACCAGGAUUUAUAAAUAUCUAUUUGAACAAAUCCUAUGUAGCAGAGCAAAUGAGCGAGUUGCUCAACAACGGAGUCCGGCCACCAUUUAUUCGAGUAAAGAAACAUCCUAUUGUUGAUUUUUCAUCACCAAAUAUUGCCAAAGAAAUGCAUGUUGGCCAUUUAAGAUCCACAAUUAUUGGAGAGAGUAUUUGUCGUCUAUUAGAAUGGGUAGGGCAUGAUGUGCUCAGAUUAAACCAUCUUGGAGACUGGGGUACACAGUUUGGAAUGUUGAUUGCCCAUUUACAAGACAAGUUUCCAAAUUAUGCUACAGUGUCGCCACCUAUAGGUGAUCUGCAGAAGUUCUAUAAGGAAUCCAAAGUGAGGUUUGAUAAUGAUGAAGAUUUCAAGAAGAGAGCUUAUGAAGCUGUUGUUAAACUACAGAAUUAUGAGGAUAGUCAUAUCAAGGCUUGGAACCUAAUUUGUGAUGUAUCCAGAAUUGAAUUUAAGAAAGUAUAUGACCGACUUGGAGUAACCAUUGUUGAAAGGGGAGAAUCUUAUUAUCAUAAAAUGAUGCCAAAUAUUGUUCAGGAGUUAGAUGACAAAAAUUUGACACUUGUUGAAGAUGGAAGAAAAAUCAUGUUUGCACCUGGCUGUUCUGUGCCAUUAACAUUAGUGAAAUCUGAUGGUGGCUUUACAUAUGACACAUCUGACAUGGCUGCUAUAAAGAAUCGUCUGUUUGAUGAGAAUGGUGAUUGGCUAAUUUAUGUAGUGGAUGCAGGACAGGGUACACAUUUUGAUAUAUUAUACUCAGCGGCACAGAAAACUGGAUGGUACAAUCCUAAUUUAAAAAGAGUAGAGCAUGUUGGUUUUGGUGUGGUCCUUGGUGAAGACAAAAAGAAAUUAAAGACAAGAUCUGGAGAAACAGUCAGAUUGGUCGAUUUAUUGGAUGAAGGUCUGAAAAGGGCAGAACAAAAGUUGAUAGAGAAAGGGAGAGACAAGGAGUUAACCAAAGAACAGUUUAAAGCAGCUAAGGAGAAUGUUGCUUAUGGUUGCAUUAAAUACGCUGAUCUAUCACACAGUCGAACCAAUGACUAUGUAUUCUCAUUUGACAAAAUGUUGGAUGAUCGAGGAAACACAGCUGCAUAUUUACUUUAUGCUUAUGUUAGAAUAAGGUCAAUUGCCAGGAAUGCCAAUGUCAGUCAACAAAAGUUAAAGGAAGCUGCAAUAAAGGAUAAGAUACAACUAGACCAUGAGAAGGAAUGGAAACUUGCUAAAUGUCUUCUACGUUUCCCAGAAAUAAUACUGAAGUGUUUAGAUGAUCUCAUGUUACACACACUGUGUGAAUACUUGUAUGAAACAUCUAAUACAUUUACAGAAUUUUAUGACGUCUGCUACUGCAUAGAAAAGGACAGACAGACAGGUAAAAUAGUGAAUGUAAACAUGAAUCGUCUGUUGUUGUGUGAAGCUACUGCUAAUGUUAUUGCUGCAGGUUUCCACUUACUAGGAAUUAAACCUCUAGAAAGGAUGUAACUCCUGUACAGUACAAAACAUUUGCCAACCAUGAACAGAUUUUAAACUGAUAAAUUAUUAAAAUUUUCUUGUCAAAAUGUGCAGUUAAGCAUGACAUAUCAGUAAAAUGUGCUUACAUUUG